UUUCUGCUACCGCUGCCAAUUAUGUUGCUCAAAUGAAUAUGCUUCCCAUGCUUAAUGGGGCAAAUUUCAAGCUGUGGAAAGAGAAUGUGGAAAUUGUUCUCGACUGCAUGGAUCUCGACAAUGCACUAAGGACCGAGAAACCCACUUCCACUCAGGAAAAUCCAAACCCGGAUAAAAUUGAGAAGUGGGAACGCUCAAAUCGCAUGUGUCUGAUGAUCAUGAAACGUUACGUUCUGGAGGUGUUUAGGGGCUCGAUUGUUGAGACUACUGAUGCCAAGUUGUUUCUAAAGGAACUCGAGCAAUACUUUGCUCGAAAUGAAAAGGCUGAAAUUGGUCAAACCUUGUCCAAACUCAUAAACAUGAGGCUUUGGUCCCUGACAUUGCUUUAA